AUAGCGAUGAUCAAGGGCAAGAUCGUGAAAAGAAUCCACGCUUUAGAGGAGACAAAUCAGAUGAUGAUGAGGAUGAAAUGCAAACUGCAAUAUUUUCUCCUGGUUUAUCAAUUCAAGUACAAAAGCUACGAGCUGCUACUUCACAUGCCAAAGAAUAUUUAAUAUAA